UCAUCAUUACCUCUAAACUCAAAAUGAGACUUUAUUAUGGGCUUCUACAUAAAUAUGUUUAAAUUUAACCACUCAGAGUUUAUUUAGGAAGUAUCAGUGAGAGACGUCUGUGACCUUAAAAUGAGUCUCAGCAAGAGAAAGGGCUCUAAAAUGAGUUCUGCAUCUCCUGGAUCAACCUGCGUGUCUAUGAAGAGUGAUCAAUCCAAGAAUUUUGUUUCUCCACAAAUCAAUGAUGGAACAGUGACCUCUGACCUCAGCAUCAGUAGAAAGCAAAUUUCAGAGUCUCCAGAACCCAGUGGUGUGUCUGUGAAGAGUAGCAGAUCCAUGGAGCAACGUCAUACAUUCAGUGAUGGACCAACAACCUCAAAACGACCCAACAGAGAAAUCCAUGAACAGACCAAAUUGGUGUCGUCAAUUAAAUUCAACUUACAAACUCACAAAAAACAGGAGAAUCAAGAAACAGUUCUUAAGACACAAGCACAGGAAACUGGAGACCUGCAGAGAGUCAAAGACAAACUCAAAACCAGUUUGAAGAAAAAAUAUGAGAGAUUAUUUGAGGGAAACACACUCCAAGAGAACCAAACCCUCCUGAACCGGAUCUACACCCAGCUGUACAUCAUAGAGGGAGAGAGUGAAGGAGUGAAUGAAGAACAUGAGGUUUUACAGAUGGAGAAAACAGCCAGAACAAAACACUCCCAACACACUCCAAUCUACUGCAAUGACAUCUUUAAAGAGGAGAAAGAGCAAAUCAAGACUGUUCUUACUAAAGGCAUCGCUGGAAUCGGAAAAACCGUCUCUGUGCAGAAGUUCAUUCUGGACUGGGCCGAGGGAAAAGCCAAUCAGGAUGUAGAUUUCAUGUUUGUGCUUCCAUUUCGAGAGCUGAACUUGAUCAGAGAUCAUCAGUACAGUCUUCACACACUUCUGCUGGACUUUCAUCCUGAACUUGAAGAUCUGGAGCCCAAGAUUUAUGAGGAGUGUAAAGUUGUGUUCAUCUUUGAUGGUCUGGAUGAAAGCAGAAUCACACUGAUGUUUUCAGACGCUCAGAAAGUUUGUGAUGUGACUGAGACUUCAUCAGUGGCUGUGUUGAUGUCAAAGCUGAUGAAAGGAGAGCUGCUUCCCUCUGCUCUCAUCUGGAUCACCUCCAGACCAGCAGCAGCCAAUCAGAUCCCCUCCAAAUACAUCAAGCGUCUGACAGAAAUUCAGGGAUUCACUGAGCCUCAGAAGGAGGAAUAUUUCAGGAAGAGAAUCAGUGAGCAGCAUCAAGCCAGCAGAAUCAUCUCACACAUCAGAAGAGCAAGAAGCCUCCACAUCAUGUGCCACAUACCCGUCUUCUGCUGGAUCUCAUCCACUGUGCUUCAGAAGCUCCUGGAAGAAGAUCUGAGUGCAGAAAUCCCUCAAACUCUGACUGAAAUGUACAUCCACUUCCUGCUGAUUCAGAUCAACAUGAGGAAUCAGAAGUAUGAAGAGAGAGAUCCAGAGAAACUCCUGCAGUCCAACAGAGAAGUGAUUGUCAAACUUGCUGAAGUGGCUUUCAGACAGCUGAUGAAGGGCAAUGUGAUGUUCUAUGAGGAGGACCUGAUUGAGAGCGGCGUAGACGUCUCUGACGCCUCAGUGUAUUCUGGGAUUUGCACUGAGAUCUUUAAGGAGGAAUCUGUGAUUCAGCAGAGGAAAGUCUACAGCUUCAUCCAUCUGAGUGUUCAGGAGUUCCUCGCUGCUUUCUAUGUGUUUUACUACCAUGUGAACACAACUAUGGAUGGACUGAGGAAUUUUGCCUCGGUCGAAAACCUGCUUAAAGGUGCUGUAGAUAAAACCAUUGAGAGUGAGAAUGGUUAUCUGGAUCUGUUCCUGCGGUUCCUGCUGGGCGUCUCACUGGAGUCCAAUCAGAGACUCUUCCAGGAUCUACUGACACACACAGAGAAGAGCUCAAAGAGCAUCAGGAGAAGCACACAGUACAUUAAAGAGAAGAUCAGAGAUGGACAUGGACUCUCCACUGAAAGAUCCAUCAAUCUGUUCCUCUGUCUGCUGGAAGUGAAAGAUCAGACUCUGUCCAGAGAGAUUCAGGAGUUUGUGAAAUCAGACAAACAGUCAGAGAAGAAACUCUCUCCUGCUCACUGCUCAACAAUCGCCUACAUGCUUCAGAUGUCAGAGGAGGUGCUGGAUGAGCUGGAGCUCCAGAAAUACAACACAUCAGAUGAGGGCAGGAGAAGACUGAUACCAGCCGUCAGCAACUGCACAAGAGCUCUUCUUGCUGGCUGUAAUCUCUCUGCUCAGGAUUGUGAAAUUGUGUCGUCAGUUCUUCAAUCCUCAAACUGUGUGCUGAGAGAGCUGGACCUGAGUAACAAUGACCUGCAGGAUUCAGGAGUGAAGCUGCUCUCUGAUGGACUGAAGAGUCCAAACUGUCAGCUGGAGAUACUGAGGUUGUCUGGCUGUAUGGUGACAGAGGAAGGCUGUGGUUUUCUAUCUUCAGCUCUAAGUUCAAACCCCUCACACCUGAGAGAGCUGGAUCUGAGCUACAAUCACCCAGGACAAUCAGGAGUCCAGCUGCUCCAACACACACUGGAGGAUCCACACUACACACUGCAGAAACUCAAGUUGGAUUUUGGAGGUCGUUCUAGGAUCAUACCUGGAUUGAGGAAAUAUGCGGUUGAUCUCACACUGGAUCCAAACACAGCGAACGCUCAACUUCAGCUUUCUGAGGGAAACAGGAAAGCCACACAUGUGAAAGAUCCUCAGCAGUAUCCCGAUCAUCCGGAGCGGUUCGAUACCUAUCCUCAGGUCCUGUGUAAAGAGACUCUGACUGGACGCUGUUACUGGGAGGCUGAAUGGAACGGACGGGUGACUGGUAUAGCCGUGGCAUCUAGAGGAAUCAGCAGGAAAGGAGUGAGUGACUGUGUGUUUGGAUGGAAUGAUAAAUCCUGGAGUCUCUUCUGCUCUGAUAACAGUUAUGUUGUUUGUCACAAUAACGACAGAACGGAUAUUACCGCCCCUUCACCGCCCUCUAAUAGAGUCGGUGUCUUUCUAGACGUGCCGUCCGGCUUUGUGUCCUUCUACAGCGUCUCUGACACACACACACUCACACACUUACACACAUUCAACACCACAUUCACCGAACCCCUCUAUGCUGGGUUCAGAGUGUAUGAUUUCUCAGUGUCUUUGAGCAAUAUCUGAACCUUAAACAGCUCAAAUGUUAGUUCUGUUCCUGCUGAGGCAUCAAAUGGAUUUGCAUAAGUGAUGAUUGAUGUCAGGAUGAAGUGCAAAUAGGAUGAAAAUGUAGUUAAAUAUGUGACUUUUCAAUUUGAGAGAUAAUUGGGGCAGGAGUUCAUGUUAAUGCAUCUCUGUCUGUUUUUAGAAAAGUUUUUGUGGUAUUUUCUGUUUAUUCUGUGUCUGAACUAAUGUUGUCAGAAGUAUUGGUACAAGUCGGUACUGAAAUUUUAAAAACGUUUAUUUCCCGAUAAUGUUUGUGCGCUUUAGAGGUCUGCACGGGACAGAUUUUUUAGUCUUGCUCCCGCCAGGUUUUAUGCCACACCUGACUGCUCCCGUUGUAUAUUCAGUCUUUGUUCACCCGCUGCCCUCUUAGAAUCAUCUUCUACCUGACCUGACCCGACUACUCCCAUUAAAUUUACUUUUGACCACCCUACUCUGAAAAAUCCAUCUUACAUCAGAGUUGGUAAAUGGAGCACUUGCUUUGUUUACAUCGGUAACCAAGAAAACACAAUAUCACUGCUGUUGAUAAUGCUGGCUUCAGCAGAGCAGAGCAAAGCAGAGCACCUCGUCACUUGCCCUAGUUUACUCGCGGAAUGUUUUUCCCUGAUGUGAAUUUGUCACUUAUGUUAAAUGCAAUUGACACCUGUGAACAUCCUUCAUACUGCACUGCGAGCAUUUACAACCAUUUGCAUGUUUACGUUGACCAUCGCAUGUCAUUUUAAUCGUGCAAAAAUUUAUUUCGCAUUUAAUUUGAACCCAGCAUAUACGCUCAACAUCUA